AUGCGCCUGUGGCCGUAUGCCAUGCUGAGCCUGCUGACGUUCUGUUGCUGUGACGCCAAUAAUUGGAGGUUCGAGUUGAGUCUCAAGAAAUUCGAGCAGAUUCGUGACGUCUUGCUCAAUGCUGUCGGCAGAACUUCCAACAACCCAGGGUUGCUAAAGAGGGCUGGCAAGCUUAAUAAACUACAGCCUGCAGUAAGUGAAGAGAGGCCAUUCCCCUGCCAGACCGAGGGGUUCCGUUCCCCGGAGAGGCCUGACAGUGUUCACAGACUGCGGCCCGGAGAUAUAGACGUGGUGGGAGCCCUUGGAGACAGCCUCACUGCUGGCAACGGAGCAGCGGCCUCCACACUGCUGCAUGUCUACACGGAGAACAGAGGCAUCUCAUGGUCUAUCGGAGGGCAGGGGACAUGGAGGGAGUUUCUGACGCUGCCUAACCUUCUGAAGGAGUUCAACCCUAGUCUAGUGGGUUACUCCCUGAAGGACUCCUUGACUCAUCAUAGAGCGUCACAGUUCAACGUAGGAGAGGCCGGUGCUAUGAGUGACGACCUACCGUACAUGGCUGGUCAGCUGAUUAAGAGGAUCCGCUCCGACCCCAGAGUGAAUAUCUACAAGGACUGGAAGUUGAUCACGUUGAUGAUGGGCUCCAACGACUUCUGUCUGGACAUUUGCUACAUAGACACCAAGAUUGCUCCUGAGCGUCAUCGCAAGAACCUCAUCAAGACAUUGGAUCUGCUCAAGGAGGCGCUGCCCAGGACUCUGGUACAAAUUGUCAUCUCACCCAACCUAGGGAAGAUCAUUACCAAGUUCAAGGGAGUUCGCCCUCUGUGUCAGCUGACCCACAACUUUGAAUGUCCAUGUUUGUUUGGUCUCGCCUAUCAGCAUCGUCAGCGAGAGUUCCUUCAACUCAUGGAUCUAUGGCAACUGGCUGAGUUUAAAGUUGCUUCGGACCUAAGAUAUCAAAAUAGUGAUGAUUUCGCCGUGGUCGCACAACCGUUCACGUUCAAUAUUUCAUUCCCCAUUAGACGGGAUCGGUUAGGAAACAUACUAACGGACUUCACCUACUUAUCUGAAGAUUGUUUCCACUUUAGUCAGAAGGGAUAUUCAAGAGCUGUGACGGCGUUAUGGAACAACAUGUUGGAACCUAUAGGGCAGAAGAGAACCAACUGGGGGAUGGAGUUGGAACACUUCCUUUGUCCAACAGAAGACAGACCUUACAUAUCCACCUUCGCCAACUCUUGACCAAACCCUAGCCUACUUAGUGAUAACUGCAGUGUGAAAUCUAAGUCAUUUAGCUGUUAAGAGCUAUUUAUUGCUUUAGUGUUGUAUUACUAUGUAUUAAGUAUUGUAUUCUAAGUAAUUGUUUUACACUCUUUACACAAUGUACAA